GUUCAGUAUAAACAACCCAGCCAGGCCUGCAGGGACACCCUUGUUGGUGUCAGUAUUACAGCCUCCUACAAGCUCCUUAUUUACUCUACAGUGUUCAUUUAUACUGUAUAUGUGUGUGUCAGUAGCGUGAUGAAUAAACUAGUGGAGACAUGUCAGGAGGGAGAAGAAAAUCUCGUAAACCCCAAAAAUGGGAGGAUUACGUUGCAGAUGAAGAACAGCUGGCAUCUAUUGAGAAGGAACUUGUGAAGGAAGAAAAGGCUCGCAUGAAAAGUGCAAGUAAUGAUGGGGAUUCUUCCGAGAAAUCACCUGACAAUGAUCAGAACGAGGAUGAAAUUGAUAUUGAAGGUAAUGAAGAUAACUCCACUGAUGAAGAGGAGGAUUUGGAAAUUAGUAUUUUUAAAGAGGAAGAAAAAGAAUUGGAAGCUGAUGAGUUAAAUAAGAAAGAAAUUUCAGAGGAUGAAAAAGUUGAAGAUGUUCGAGAAGAGAGACCACAGUCUACUACCAAUGCAACUGGUGGACAGGUGAUUGGAGACUGCACUGUGUGUGGGAUUCAGUUACGUGAUUGGACUUCGACCCACAGCCAUCUUAGAUUUCAUCGUCUCUCUCACGUACCAGACUGUAAUUAUGGAAGGAAAAUUUGCCAAGUUUGCCACCGAUGUUGUCAGAACAAAGAGGUGUUGGCAUAUCAUGCUUACACUGAGCAUUACGUAGACCUUGAAGAAGCUAAAACUUGCCCCUUUUGUACGUCGAAGUUCAAAGAUAUGGAAGAAUUUCAAGAGCACCUUGACAUGAAUGUUAUUAGCUUCAAGUGUCAGAUGUGUGGUGUGUCAGUUAAUCAAGAGCAUAAGUUUUAUCAACACAUUGUAUAUUGUGCAAAACGUCGUCAGCCGGGUAUCACCUCUCUCGAGUGUUUUGUUUGUGGAGUAACAACUUCCAUUAAUAAAUUACACAUGCAUCUGAUGCAACACAGCACCCUUCUUAGUCUUCCGCUUCACCUCGCUCAUAAUAACAAAAGGCGUGCAGUAUAUGUUCCUAAACCUGACCCACCUCGGCCACAACAGUCCGGGUACCGUCCCUUCUUGUGUGAAAUAUGUGAUCGGCGUUUCGUUGUAUACAGUGAAUUUAAACGUCACUUAUAUUCCCACUUUAAGUCUCGCUCAUAUAUCUGCACUCACUGUGGUCGGAGUUACUGCCAGAAGAAUACCCUCAUUGUUCACCUAUAUUCUUAUCACAACUCUUCACCCAAUGCUGAGGAGAUCACCCCAAGGGAGGACACAACUCAAAGAUCGUGUGAACUUUGUGGUUUGUCUGGAUUCCUGAAUGAUGAGCUGUUGAUACGCCAUUGUAUCUUGCGCUGCUCUCAGAGGAAUAAUUUACAAACAUCAUUUGCUGCUGUUGUGUGCAAUUUGGCAAAGAAACAAAACAUGGGCUUCAGUGAAACUCUACGAAGUAAUGCAAUGCAAACAUACCUCAAGUUGGGAGUUGAAGCAUGGAAAUGCCUUGUUUAUGUUAAGCAGUACCUGGAGAGAUUACAAGCCAGCAGCGACCCUUUAGUUCCGUCUUCAGGUAACCGUCGUGAUUCAACUGAAUUUACAGAUGUGCAAUUGUUGGCAUAUUUGAACCAGUUUGAGGCACUGAACCGUAACAAAGACAAGGAGUUGGAAUUGUUAUUAAAUAUUAGAUCGAAGGAUAAUGGUGGAAAUGAGAUGGAAAUCCUAACUUUUGAUGAUCCACCAUCAUCAACCCGGGCAGAUCUGGAGAUGCAAAUUAGUGAAAGAGAGGAUCCAGGCACUGAAGAUCCGCUCUCAUUCUCCCCAUGCAUCAGCAGGAAACAAUUGUCAAGAAAUGUGACAUCAAACAGUUCUCAAGUGGAUUUAAGUUGCUUGAUGCAACAUUUGCGGAAGGGCAGUGACAAGAGGAGUGCAGAUGAAGAGCAGGGGGGUGAAGGUGGUCCAAUAGAUAUUUGCCUGGUCACUUCUACAACCAAUACUCAGGUUACAAUCACUCCGGCUGGAUGUCACCAGCAUGAUAUUCGCCCUCCCAAGGUGGCGCGAUCUGUGUCCCAUAAACCCUCAGUAGCCAAGAUACAGAGUAUUUAUCCAGGUAUAACUGUACUUAGUGAUGUGGAUUUUUCACGAAUACCUUCAAUUGUUCUUGAAAUGCAAGAAAUAAUGAGUUACAGGGUACAAAAGGAAAUGGCAGAAGCAGCAAUUAUUCCAGAAGAUUUGCAGAGACUGGAAGUUGAAGCCCAGCUUCUCCGAGAAGCAGAGCCAUUUUACCUGGAGGAUGACGGUCAAUGGCAGCUCCCUAAAUGUAAUGGAGUCUUGAACAGAUCCAUUAAGAGAUGUAGCAUUAUACCUGAACCUUCAGUACUUUCUCGAAUUAUUGCAGAAGCAAGUGUUUUAUAUAAUAGUAGUACAGAAGGGGAGAAACAUGUGUUGGAAUACCCAGAAAUGGAUGAAGACCAAAAAUUAGUUCCUGGUAAAAUUGACGUUGAAAAACUGCUCAUGGAAGCACAAAAUUUAAUUGCCGUUUGAAAAAUGAGGUCAUUAAGUGUGCAAGAGAUGCCGUUUGUGCUUGCCGUUGUCUAAAAGAAAAUUAAUGAGCUACCAGUGCUGAUGAUAAUGUGAGUACCAACACUUUUUACAAAGGUGUAAAAUGUUUACCGUAUAUACUGACAUAUAAGUCAACAUUUGAAACCUAACCUAGGAAAAGUGCCUCCAAAACCAGGGAUCGACUUGUCCGCCAAGUAUAAAAUGUGAACCUUUACCGCCGAGAGAUAAAAAAGUGAGACGCCUGGUCUAACACGUUGUACACCUCUUGCCAUGACUCGCAGCCCAUCACACUUAUUUCCUACUGGAACUCAUGUUUGGUAAGUCUAUUUAAAGUAGAGAUUAUAAUACAGUAAUAUCAAUGAUUUGCUGUAAUUCAUAGGGUUGGUUGCCGUAAGUUCAUUAAUACUGUACUGUAUUAGGUUAGGAUCAUUUACUCUGAGUUAGAGCUCAUUUGCAACUAAAGUGUUUUAGAAGCGUCUUAGAAUUUUCUAAACUAUCGGAAAAACUAAUUUCACCAAAAAAUUCUAUCUCAGUUAACACAUACAGUACUACAUUAUAGUUACAGAAAACAUAGCCGUGCAAAUUUUCCGUUUACAGCAACUGAUAUACCAGUGGCGCCAUCACCACCAAGUGACUAGUUGUUGAACUGUGUGUUCGUGGGAAAACUUUCGUAUUUUUAUUUCACAAUAAUUUUGUGUAUAUGUCAAUGUUUUAUUUGUGUAAAUGAAGAGUGGCAAGUGCCUCUUUGUUUUUGUUUAUACUACUGCAUGGUACAAUUUCCUGGUAUAUGUUUAUGGAAGUUAUUUCAGCAGUAUUGGCAUUUUAUACUACCACUCUAUAUUACUGUAUAUCAGUAAUAACUUUUUAAUACCAUUGUGUUUCUGCUACAUAACUCAUGUUUAUUUGUGUUAGAAACAAACAAAACAUGGGCAAUAGUUUAGCAGAUGCAAAAGGUUGACAUGGCAGCUGAAAGAACUAAUUUUAAUACCUUAAUCUUGUACAGUAAAUAUUCGUUAAGCUACUGUAUAUUUAAGAGAUAUCGUAGGUUUUUUUUUCCAGGGCAGGACAAGUGGUGCUGCCUAUUUUGGGUUGUCAUGUCAUCCAAAGUAUAUAGUCAUAAACCUGAAUUGCACCUAAAAAUUUUAGGGGUCGCCCGUUGUGUGAUCGACUUGUAUGCUGGCAUAUACGGUAUGUCCUAAUGUUUAUGGCUGUACUGUAGUAGCAGAGGUGUAUUUUGCAAUUAGAAAUUAUUACAAAAAUAGUCAUUAUGAUUAUUCAUAAAAGAUUAAUAAUACUGUAUUGUAGUAAUUAACCAAGCCAGUUGUAUGAAACCUGUUACACAAUGCAAGCCUGUUAUACAAUGAUGCGUUGUUUGGAGGUUAUGCAAUGUUAUAUGAGGUAUGUUUAUAUAUACAAUGUGCCUAUAUCUGUAUGUGCAGCAGUAAAUAUGGUGUGUGCACUAAUGUGCUUGUACAAUGAAAAUACUCAUUUUAAUACACGUGUCCCAUAUUAUCAUGUGUAUCUUUACACUAAUUUGCUGCAUAUACUUAUAGGCAUUCAUAUAAACACCAUAUAUGUAUACAUUCUGGUAAAUACCUGUAUACUUUUACAGUUUUGAUACAUUUGCUGCUUGAACACCUGACAUUAAAACAUACUGGGACAUCUUUGGAACAAAUUACCUCGAUUAAGUCUCCCAUGUCUAAGAUUCAAAUUUGUUCAUGUACAGUAUAUGUAUGUGUAUGAAUGUAUGUAUAAAUAUAAAAUGUGAACAUAUAAUGUUAAUAUUUUAUAUUUAUUAAUCUCGAUCCAAUCACACACAUUUUCAGUCGCUCUUUCUAGCCUUUACACCAAAUGCUCCUACUAGCAACAGCAUAUGCAAAAUUAGUAAAGUUAAAGGUAGCUUUCAAGAACUUGAGCAAGGAAUAAUGAACCUGAAGAGGAUAAACUUCGUAAUGUAGAGACAACAAGGAUUUAGAAUGGGAAAGUAAUGCCUGACAUGACUUACAAAAUACAGUAGUUGCAAAAACUGUAUCGGACAUAAAGACGGGUGCAUUGCAUUUUCCUUGAUUGUCAAAGAACAUUUAAUUUUGUUCUUUACAAAGUCUGAUAUGCUAGAUGGAAAGACAUGCCGAGAUAACUGUGUACGAAUGGUAAUGAAGGAUCUUUAUAAACUCUAGGAAUGGGCAUACAAGUGUAAAGUAACAAACAUUCAAAAGGAAGAUAAGUGACCAGGAGGAAGCAACUACAGGAAUUAUAGGGAGAAAGAACUUUGAAAUAUAGUACAGUACUUAUAUUCCAUUCACCUGGAUUGUAUGGGUCUCAAACCCUUUUAAAAGUACUUAUAAUUACAAAAUUAACACCGGAGAGGUGCACAAGCUAUCUACAGUAAUGUGACAAUGCAUAAGAAGCUCGGAAACAUAGAAAUGGCCUAAAAAUUCAAACAAACCCAUACCAGAUUAUGCAUCACCAGCAUAGAAAUGCACCCUAUGAUACACAAACUUCAAGAUAUUGUAAAAGUUUAGAACACGAUUCGUGUCCGAUUUAAGAGAAAAUAUAACAGUUGUACGGUACAGUACAUGCAAAAUACUGAGUGGGAAUAGACAGCAGCUAAGGAUAGUCUUUUUAAAUGUUGAGAAAUAGGAUGACAACAUUGGCAGAAGUUGGAAAUCCGUAUUGAGUCAAGGAAAUACUCAUACACUGAACACGAGGGCAACAAGUGUAAUUUUUUGAAAUUCGAAGUUGAGGCAAUGCCAUAAACAUUAUUAAGAAUAGAUAAGACAAAUUUACGAGAACCAAUGGGGAUGAGCUUGAAAAUAAAGUAAUACUUUUGCUAGAAACAAACUGAGCAUUAUACCUAACAAUAUAUCAAUCACCUCGGGUCUUGAGAGAAUAUGUAAGGACACUAAGAUUUACUUUUGAAGAGGAUGAGCUAACAACAACAAAAAGGAAGUGAACAACCAUAAUGCUUUUGUACAAAAAGGAAAAGUAAACAACAAAUUGCUGCCAGUGUCACGAAUGUGUUGUGGUAAAAAUAGAAAGUGUUAAGAUAUAUUGGUGCAACACCUGGAAAGUAAUAAUCUCAUAAGUUGGAAACAAUUUGCAUUUACAGGUAUAUGAAAAAAAAAAGAAUGUUCUCAGCAGGAUAGCUGUGAAGGUUUUUAGUUGUGUACCUAAAUUGACAGGAGAGAAAUGAAUGAGUAGAUUGUGUAUACAAGAGUCCUGGCAGUUUAGUCGGGUUUCUUCUCGACUUUUAAUUGAGAAUCCCGGGCAGGAUAGAAAUGGUUGGGUGCGUUCCUUAUCUAAUGCACCUGUUUACCUAGCAGUAAAUUAGUCAGCUUGUUCUAAGGGUUACAUCCUGGGUUGGGUCAGUAAUUUGGCCUGGGAAGGGGAGGGCCGAGAUAUAAGCCUAACAUGCGUAUGUAUGCACUGGCUGCUUGUACCCCGACAUAAUUUUUUUUUUUUUUUUUUUUUUUUUUUUAAUUUUGACAGUUCCUACCAAAAGGCUACAAGGAAAUUAGGACAGAAGGUAUAAAAGGAAUAAUGCCAUAAUUAAACUAACAAUAGGUCUCUUGUCUGACAGCAAAAUUGAGGGCAAUUUUAAAAUGAAAAAUGUGCAAUUGGUAGAACGCUACUGAUGAGAUUUUACAAGUAGCUUCAUUUGUUACUAUGUACAGUACUCUGCAUAAUGAUUGUUUGCAGACAAUGCAGAAAUUCCUGAGCAAAAUAAAGAUCAGAGUAAUUGCAACAGCCUUGAUGAAAUAAACAAGGUGAGUAACAAAUGGAAAGUGUAAUAUACAUAAUUUAUAAAAAUGCUGUAUAGUUGAGUAAGUUAGAACAAGACUCAUAAAAACUGUAGAUUGUGUAGUGAGACACAGUACUAAGAAAAUGUGUUAAAGAAUAAGGCCUGGGAUUAAUUUCGGUUGCCUAAGAAGAAUUUGAAUUCCCUAGAUAUGAGUCCUAUUCAUUGCUGACAAAUUUAAAAAUUUCCUUCAAAAUACUGAAUAUGAAUGGAGAAAGUGUAAGGAAAUAAUUCAGUGUACAAGUCAGACCCAAAGUAGAACAUAAUACUGGUAUGCAGCUGUGGUGUGGUGCCUGCACCUGUGAAAUUCAUACAAACCAAUUGCAGAAAUGACAAAAAGCACCUGUGAAAUUCAUACAAACCAAUUACAGAAAUGACAAAAAGCACCUGUGAAAUUCAUACAAACCAAUUGCAGAAAUGACAAAAAGACAUUGAAUUUCAGAACUCGGAGUUAUAAGGUAAUAAGUAAAUACCCAAAAUGUUCCUUGUGAUACCCAAUAUGCCCAAUUUACAAAUGGGACUACAUAAAAAUUUCCAAGAUAGUGAAGCAUCAUGCAAAACUGACUUGAGCUUUUAGAAACUAAUGUGAAUAAGAUGGUUACAAAUUAUAGGAAAGUUUUUAAUCUUCGAUAAAGAGAUAACUGGAAUAAACUACAGGAGAGAGUAGUGUGUGCCAAAGGUACUUGAAAUUAUAAAAUUGUUAAUGUCUAAUUAAUAAAUAGAUGGAGCAGGGUACUAGCACAGUGUACAGUUGCAAAUUAAUUUCAGUAUCGUCUGCAUGUCACUUUCUCUGGAAGUCCAUUUGAUUGUGAUAUUCCUGUCUCAGGGCCAAAGAAAUUAUCAAAACGAUGUGAACAACGUCGGGGAUUUGCUUAGAAUUUAAAUUUUUUAGAAAAAUGUCUUAGUUUUUUGUAUUUCUCUCAGUUGUUAUAAUUUUAUAUCUUAUUCAAUAAGAUUAAACAGAUUUUGCAUUUUUUUUAUAUCUUAAUAUGUGCAGAAAUGAGCCUUUUUUAGACAAUAUUAAUGUUAAGAUAUUUUCUUUUUCCUACUAAUCAUAUCUAGAAUUUUUGCCCAUUCCAUGCAAUGAUGAGAAAUAAAUAUUAUAAUUAAAGCAGCA